UUUUUCUCCUCGGCUCAUCGCAUUGUCAAGAUGUCGGACUAGCGUUUAAAGUUUUUGCACACGCAAGUGUGCCACUACAACCUUCAAAAUGCAAGCCAAAAUGGCACCUCUUACGCCCGCCGCCGUAAUCCUUUCGGCUGAAGAAACCUACUUAAACAAUCUUUCUUUGUCAAGUUUGAACAGCGAACAACAAAAUGAGUUGUGCGCCGUUCAUUAUAUGGAAGGAAGAGCCAUUGUCACCUCUCAGCAAUGAAGAGGUGUCAUGGCUCUCAGAUGACACUUUUUAUCAAACAUCAACGGAGCACGAACACAUCAAAUUCGAAGAUGAUUUGGUCCCUUGCGAAUCAAAGGCGGAAGUGGCCUCUCUCAUGCUCGAAAAUCUGGAAAAUCUUAUCAAUUUGGACGAACUCAUCAAGGAAGAACCAUCAUUCCUCCUCGACGAGAAAAUCCUCCCCAACAUUCUGGACGAUGUGGACCAAGCCCGUGCCAUACUCCCCCCACCUCCCACAAAGCUCGAGUACGUCCCCAACACCGACACCCAGUUCCUCCUCAAAGAGUUCGAAAAUGUCUACGACGUGGUCGAACUCACCCACGAGACCCUCACUCCGCCUCAGAGCCCCCCGCACGACUACAAGAUCCUCACCACUCUGGAGCCGCUCCUCCAGCUCCCCGUUGUACCUGAAAAGCUGGCGUACCCCACGGCGAUGACGCCGCAGCCCGACAUCGCCCACGAGCUGGCCGUCGUCGACGAGCUGGUGCGCACCCGCGUGGAGGACAUGCAGUGGAGCAGCGGGCCGUCUUCGCCCAACAGCAGCGACUGCUCGUCGGACGACCCCGAGUGGAUGCCUGAGCCGGUGGAGAGCUACGACGGAAGCGCCUCGUCUCCGAAGCAAGCGCGGAAGCGGGCAAAGCCCUACUCGCGCACCUCGCCCGUGGAUAAGAAGUCGCGGAAGAAGGAGCAGAAUAAGAACGCAGCUACGAGGUAUCGCAUGAAGAAGAAAGCCGAAGUCGAGGUGAUUCUGUCGGAGGAGAAGCAGCUGUCCAUGAAGAACGAGGAGUUGGAUGCGAAGAUUAACGAUCUUCAGCGGGAAAUCAAGUACUUGAAGGGGCUCAUGCGUGAUCUCUUCAAAGCAAAGGGACUUAUCAACUAA